AUGGCUGCCGCAGCCUCCCCGGCGCGCGCCCUCCUGCUCCUGCUGCAGCCGCGCCGUCAGCUUCUGCCGCUGCGCUUCGCCACGGCGCCGCACGGCCUGGCGGCUCGCCGCUGCUUCUUGCUCCUGCAGCAGCAGCAGCCGCGCCGCUGCUGGGCCGCCGGUGUUGCUCCCUCCCGCAGCGGCUCUGGCAGCUGCGGCGACGGCCACCCGCAGCCGCAGGCGCCUAUCGUCACUCCCGAGGAAAUGAUUUCACCAAUGCAAAUGCCAAUCGAGAAAGCCUCAAACCUGCAACUGCAACUGAUCAAUGAGCUGGGUGUUUUGUCUAGUAUGACAAUAGCUAUGGAUCGUGUCAAGUAUCGCUUCUCUACCCAACGUUUUCAAAAAGUCAUAGAUUCUCUUUCAGAAGAUCAGAAAGGUUUCUUGGCGAAGAAUGGUUUUGAAAAGUUUCUAGGUUUUCGCAAGUUCACAUUGCCUAUGCCUUUCCUUGAAUGGGUCAUGGGGCAGGUUGUUACUGAUCUCUCCCAAUUCAAGCACAUAUUGAAAUCUUUCAAGUUCACAAGAUACAUGGUUCAACAAAUAAUUGGAAUACCUUCUGGAGAGAUCCCGAUCAUUCUGCAUUCUGGUGGUGUCAAAAUUUCUGACAAACUUUCCAUCCGUGAUGCUGUUCGUAACCUUCUCGAUCAACAUGAUGAUGAAUCAUUUAUUAAAUGGUUCAUGCUUGUUGCUCUUUCUACCAUCAUUUGCCCUUCUACUCAGAACUUUGUUAACAUCAACUAUCUUCCAUAUCUCUUGGAUGUUUCCCAAAUCAACACUUUUGAUUGGAGCACUCAUGUGCUGAACUACAUUUUAUCUGAGGUUAAAAAAUACCAAGGUUUCAUCUCUUCAAAAGAUGAUGGGAAGAUAUACGUUGGCUCUUGCCUCCCACUCCUUGCUAUUGCCUACAUGGAUUUCAUCGACUUCAGCCAUGAAUAUGCCAAUCAUCACAAUUUUUGCUAUGAUGUUCCAAGAAUUUGUAAUGUUAGAUCAGAGGACUUCCUUUUCGCUGCCAAUGUGGAUAGAAAUCUAUCAAACCCAGGUCGCCCUUCGUAUGGAAUUCUUGAGAUCAUCCCAAGUAUUGAAGGAUUGAUAGAUAAGCAUUGCAAUCUUCUAAAAAAUUAUGUUUCUGCUGGCAUUGUUGACAAGGGUGAAACAGUUUAUUCGGACUUCGCGAAUCAGUUUGGUUCUGUUUUCUCAAAUCGACUGUCUCUACUCUCUUCUGAGAUACUUGCACACAUUGAGUCUGUCAAGUAUGCCACUAAUUCAGAGGAAACUGAUAAGCUUACAAACGAUUCAGGAUCUCUUCAUAUCCAUUGCCACAGUGAGAAUGUUGCUGUUUCUGAAUCAACUCCCACUGAAAAUGAUACACAUCAUGAUUUGUCCAAUAUACAGCAAGAAACUGAUAAUCUUGUCGAUCAUACUGAUGAAGAGAGACUUGUUUCAAGUUCGUUUAAUCAUGAUCGCCAAAAAUCAUGCUCUAAUACUCAAGCAACGCUGAAUGAUGAUAUUAAUUGUCCAAGCACCCCAACAUUCACUGAUCAAAUGGAAGGUGUCGGCGGUUUUGAACAAGACAUUGAGCCAUCGGUUAUGAAUGACACAGCCCCUUGUGGUAUUAAUCCAAAAAGAAAGUGCAGAAUGGGUUCAUCUACAAUUGAUAAGAAGAAAAGGAAGAAGAGGGCAGCUAUCCCCUCAGUUCAUGUUAACUCCCCUGUCAAAAUCAAGUUGACUGAUGAAAUGGAACUUUCAUAUAUCAAGUAUGUUCGUUCACAAAACAUUGAUCCAAUUGAGAAUGACCCAUCGUAA